AUGGCCUACACAGCAGACAUCGAGGUUCGUCCUGUAAACCUGAGCACUGCACCUUUCUCUGAGGAGAUCAGCCAAAACCAGACACCGGAAUUGACCAGAAAGGAUUUGGAUUCAGCCCCCGAUGUUGUUCUGGAAGUGGAAGGGGAACCUUUUUUUGUUAACCGUCAGCACUUAGCCCUCCACAGUCCCUACUUCAUGGCUCUGUUCUUUGGCGGCGGGGUGGAGAGAAGCAAGAGGCACAUAGAGCUGAAAGGCCUUAACCGUGGCUGUUUCAGGGUGUUGAUGGACUACUGCAAGACAUCCAGCCUCACGCUACAUCGGGACAAUGUCCAGGAGCUUCUGGAAACUGCAGACUUCCUGCAGAUAGACAGAGCCAGGCUGAGAUGCUGCAAGUUCCUGGAGCGUGAGCUGCACCUUAGCAACUGUCUGCCGAUGAUGGCGUAUGCUUGGCAGCUGGGAUGCGCUCAGCUGUACAAGGCAGCGCGCCACGUGGCUCUCACACACUUCCCAGCUGUUGUCACUGAGGAGGAUUUCCUGCGGCUGCCCAAGGAGGCUCUGGCUCACCUCCUGGCUCACGACGACCUGGCCAUACACAAAGACGACCAGGCCGUCGACGCAAUCCUCCGCUGGGUGUCGUUUGACCCGAAACGCGAUGAACAUUUCCUCGAGCUGAUUGAGCUCAUCCGGCCCGAGUGCCUGUCUUUAUCCUUCUUAACUGAACUGUUGUCCAGGAUGAGAAGCUCAGACCCUCGAGCCAAACUCAUCUGCCGGCUGAAUGAGCAUUUCCCGGUGACCUGGUCGCUGGGGAGGUCUCUGCUGAGGACCAAGGCCAGAGAAACGCUGUAUGUGUUGGGCGGACCUCACGAUCAGGAGCAACAGUCGCUCUACCAGUUUCACCCUCACAGUGGGCGAUGGCAGAACUGUGCUCCUUUGGAGAGGAGGAACCUCACUCAGUUCUCUGUGGCAGCAGUAGGCGACAGCGUGGUCGUGACUGGAGGCUACUUCCGUGAUGUGCUCUGGUUCAGCGUGGACUGGGUCAGAAGAUAUGACUGUCGCAGCCAGCGUUGGGUCGAUGGACCCGCCCUGCUGAAGUCCAGACACAGCCAUUGCUCCAUAGGACUGGGGUCACAUCUGUAUGUGAUGGGAGGCAGCAUGGAUGAGGGGCUGGUGGCUGAUGUUGAGAGGCUCGCGCCGGGCUCAGAUGAAGGCUGGGUGGAGGUCAGCCCCAUGGUCAGGGCAGUAGAGAGGGCAGCCACCGCCAUUUUAGGCUCUUGCAUCUAUGUUGCCUGCGGUUUGGAUGAGAACGGUGAAGUGUACAGCGGAAUUCAGCGGUUUGUUGCCAAGGACAAUCAAUGGGAUGUAGUUUCCUACUCACCACUUCCACGAUAUGACCAGGUUGCAACAGAGCUGAACGGCGCCCUCUAUCUCUUCGGAGGCCAUGCAUUGCGUCUCGACGUGGAGACAGAUGAGUGGACGGUGCUGCAGGAGGAAACUCUGGAGAGGAAGUUCUUUUGUGGCUGCACCAUAGUCAGUGGACAGAUAUACCUGCUGUGUGAGACGAAAACCAACAAAGUUUCUCCAAACAUGGUACUGCUGGAUCCCUAUAUAGACACUUGCAUUGAGGUGGACGACAGUAUACCAUGUCCUGUUCCCCUCCGAGGGUGUGUCACCAUGAGGACAUCUACAUGA